UUACACCACUACCCGAUUUAUUCCAAAGAGAGGGCUUCGAUCUCGACGACCGCUUCCUUCAUUCCUUUCAUUCACUGGUUCAACGGGUUUAUUUGGGAAACGAGGACGGACACAGCAAGGUCGCAGCAAAGGUCACCAACGCAACAGGCAAAAGAGGGAUCAAAAGAUUUCAAAAUACAACUGAGCAAUCAGAAAGAGAGAGGAAAAGAAGGCUCCACGCAAAAAGUCGACAACAUUAUUUAAUCGAGAAACAUGGGUCGUCUUAUUAAGAACCAUUGGGCUCGGCUCAUCGUCAUGAGCGCGGCAGCUUACCAGUUUGCCGCUGCUCUCGAGGGCUUCUUCUGGCCCAAGAUCUUCUGGGACUUCUUGACUAAAACGCUGGACCCAGCUGUCAAGCCCGUGCCGGUGUUACAAAUUAUCAAUCUCAUCAUGGCGCUGUUCAUGGUGGCCCUGGAGUGGCCUUUGGGAUUCAUCGCCGGCUCAGCAAUCCACCGCAGUCUCGAGUUCCGCCUCAUCAUCCUCCCUCUCACCACCCUCGCCGCCGCCCUCAUCUACCAGGGUACCAACUCUGCUCUCUACUACAUUGUCGGGUUGGUUGUUUACUUUUGGGCCUACAGCGAAGGAGAGAUUAUCUGCGCUAAGCCCUGGACCCUUCCUCAAAGAAGCCGCAAUGGCUCUCGCGUAUAGACUGCACCCGCCUCUUCCUCGCCGCGGACACAAUCGUCUCGACCUCGCACGGUACAAUGAACUACCUGUCAGAGAGACUUCCGUAUACCCCCAGGGCGAGCAAGUCCAAACAAACUCGGGAGAAUCGACGAAUCCUCACCAUUCUUUCCCUGAGCUAUCAUGACAACAUGUUUACUACUUUUCCUUUCAUGUUUAUAACGAUCCCAAUCGAUAUCACGGCAUCCAGCAUCGGCGUUAUUCCUGACGACAAAGGGUUAUAUGAUUCUUCCUCAACUCUCGGUUACG